UUACAUUUCACACAAUGUAAGUGUAUAAUCUAUGACACAAUGUUUUUCUCAAUAGCGUGUUUCAUUCAUGAAAACGUGAUAUUUUAGUAAAUUAUUUAACUGAAUAUAUACUAUUGUGAAUAGUAUAGGAUAUAUAAGCAAGACAAACUUGAAUGGGAUGGAAGACUAAGAAAUAUCUACAAAAAGAGUUAAAUUCCCUUUUGUAAACAACGUGUCCAUUUUAUUUUUUUUAUCAUGGCCAAUGAAGUGAUUCCCGCAAAUGAAAUUAAAUUCGAAAAGUUUUGUAACAUCUUAGAACAGCUGCACAAGAAGAAAAGGAAAAGACAAGAACAAGAUAAAAUAUUGGAAAACUUUAUACAUGAAUGUAAACUGAGUGCAUCACAAGUGGUAGGGAAAAAGAAUGCUACGUUAUUCCCAAUUCUAAGACUGUUGUUGCCAAAGCUAGAUAGAGAAAGAAGUGCGUACAACUUGAAAGAAAGCAAACUUGGCGUGCUACUGGUAAAAGUUCUAUCACUUUGCAAACAAUCUCGCGAUGCGCAGAAGUUGCUGAACUAUAGAUCAGUGGAUAACACUCAAGACAGCGAUUUUCCUGGUGUUGCGUACUUCGUUUUUAAAAGUAGAAUGAAACCAAAAUCUGAGGACAUUACUGUUGGUGAUAUUAAUGCCAUGCUUGAUACCAUCGCCGCAGCUGAAGUUGGGAUGAAGGCGUCGGUUCUCGAUGAAACGUUCAGCCAAGUUAUGAAUAAAGUGACCGCAGACCAGAUGAAGUGGUUCCUCAGACUGAUACUCAAAGAACUCAAAUUGGAGAUGGGGAGUAAUCGCAUAUUGGCUCUGUUCCACCCUGACGCUCCUGAAUAUUAUGAAACCUGUAGCCUAUUGUCCAAGGUGUGUGAAGAACUCGGUGAGGGCGAUUCUCGGCCUUUGGAGCUAGGAAUAGAGCUGUAUCAUGCAAUUAGCCCGAUGCUGUCCGAACGACUCGACGUCAAGAAUAUCGCCAAGCAACUGUCCUCGGACAAAACUUAUCAGAUUGAGAACAAGUUUGACGGUGAAAGAUUUCAAAUACACAUGCAUAACGGAAAAUUUGAAUAUUAUUCGCGAAGAGGUUUCUCCUUUACCAAGAACUAUGGAGGCAGUUAUGACUCUGGACUGUUGACGCCUCAUUUGAAGGACACCUUCUCAUCUGAUGUUACCAGCUGUAUUCUAGACGGCGAGAUGAUGGGCUGGCAUAAGCAGUACCAGUGUUUUGGGUGUAAAGGAAUGGCUUUCGAUGUCAAGAAAAUAACAGAGAAUUCGAGGUUCCAACCAUGUUUCUGCGCUUUCGAUAUUCUGUAUUACAAUGGAAGAACAUUAGUUGGGCCUCCGGAGAAAGGAGGGUUGCCACUUAGAGAACGACUACUUAUUUUGGACAAAGUGUUUACUGACAAGACUGGAGUGAUAAAGCAUAGUGAUCGGAAGAUAUUGUCUCAGGCGACAAUAUACCCUGAGAUUCUGAAUGCUCUAAACACUGCGAUAGAGAAUCAAGAUGAAGGUAUAGUGGUGAAAGAUGUGGAUUCCUACUACAUUCCGAAUCGACGCAAUGCUGGAUGGUACAAAAUUAAACCUGAGUACACAGAAGGUGCCAUGAGUGACCUUGACCUUGUGAUCAUCGGGGCUGAUGAAGCUGAGAACAAGAGGCAAGGGCGCGCCAAGAGUUUCCACGUGGCCUGCAGCGAUGGAGCUAAUCCUGGUAAAAUGCCAGAGCGGUGGAUAUCAGUAGGUCGCGUGUCCACCGGCCUUACGUUCGACGAGCGAGAGACCCUAUGUACGAAACUGGAACCCAACUGGACGUCUUCUAGACAGACACCAGCACCAUCUAACUUGGAUUUCAGUAAAAAUAAACCUGACUUCUGGAUCUUACCUGAACAUUCCGUCGUUUUAACGGUUCGGGCAUCGGAAUUGGUUCGUACAUCAGGCUUCGGUACGGACUAUACGCUAAGGUUUCCACGCGUCACUAAAAUAAGAGACGACAAACCAGUUCAAGAUGUCAUGACACUUAUGGAGUUCCAAAAUCUUUGUGCUAACAAAGGACCAGUAGUGAAAUUGAGUACUAAUCAAAUAAAUGGGGAUGAAAUAGCUGAAGUGAAACCUCGAGCAAAGCGGAAGAUAGAGGUCCCGAAGGUACCAGAGCAGUUCCAGAUCAGAUCUCGUGGAGACGUGGAGGCCACAUCGAAGGCUCUCCUCGGCAGGAAGCUGUGCAUACUAUCCGAAGAUACAGACUGUACACGACAGGAACUCUGCAAGAUCAUUGAGACGCACGGCGGGAUAGUUGUCGCUAAUGUCGGUGCGGACACAUGGUGCGGUGUAGCGGGGCAGUUAACCAGUCGAGUGCGCAAUGUAGUCGCAUCCAACCAGCUGGACGUAGUGAGCGCGGCCUGGCUGCGCGCGCUGCCCUCGGCCGAAGCCCCCGUGCAACCGCCACCGCUGCACAUGCUGGCCAUCAAACCUGCCACGAGACUCACCCUCGCCAGACAUUACGAUGCUCACAGAGACAGCUACACAGAACUAAUUGAUGAAGAAACUCUGAGGAAGAUCUUCGAUAAAAUGGAUAGUGAUGUACAAAUAUACCUCACACACCAAGAGAUGCUGAAUUUAGACAAGGAGAUAUUUGGGGACAACAAUCCGCACUCGUUCCUGCGUCCUUGCUUCAUACAUGUGACGGAGCUAGAGAGUGUCAACGCGAUUGUAGCUUCCAUGUACGGCGCCAAUGUCCUAGACACUCCGUCCAAUGACUGCACACAUAUCGUAGUCCCAAGCAAUAUUGAAAAGGCUGAAAUAGAUACUCUUAAGACGUAUAACGUAAUGGUUGUUAGUGAAAACUGGCUUGAAGCUUGCUUUUCCGAGAAAAAAUUAGUGCCUGAAGCGGAUUUUCUUAUGUGACACAGGAUUUAUAUGGUGUUGCAAGUAAAAUAUGUUAUUAUAGAUUUAUUUAAAGGGAGCUGAUGUAUCUUAAAGGUCCACAGGCCCGCGUCGUACGCAUCGCACGCAUCGUACGCAGUCCGUAUGACGUCAUCGGUACGCAUCGCAUGUAGGCAUUACCGAUGAUGCGGUGCGUAGGAUGCGGAUCACUGGACGCAGUUGUAUGAGUUUUUAUGCAAGACAAACUAAAAUCCGUUGCGUGCGAUGCGGGCCUGUGGACGCGUACCUUAAUACAUCUACGUUGCGGGUUGAAGCAAUAAGUUUGUAUAUUAUGAUUUUAUUGUAACUUUCGUGAGACAUACUAAAUUAAUUAUUAUGUUAUCGGCUUACUCACGUAAUCUUUUGACGAGGAACUCGACUAGUUUCAAGCCAUGCUAGAGGCUCAUAUUCAUGAGCAGUUAGCAAUGCGACAAUCGCCGCGUCGUGUGUCGCGUAAUGCUGCCGAUAACAUAAUAAUUAGUUUGUAUAUUUGUGAAACUUUUGAGAGUAUUUAACUUUAUUUAACGUAGUUAUUACUAAAGUGAUAUUGUUAGUAAGCAAGCAAUUAUUAUACGUAUUGUAUAUUAUGAAAUAAUGUCUAGGUAAUAGCAGCGUUUUACCUGAAAUAAAACGCAUAUUAAAUACUUACCUCACUGGAAGCUUUAUUAUUGAGAGAGCAUAUCCGUUUCCGGCGAUUUCUUAUGAUUUUAGUACUUUUUUGACCUACCCAGUGGCGCCACCUGGUGUUUGCUUGUCAUUUUAGUUACAUAAAAUGUCCGAGCUACUUUUUUGUUCAUUGGCUCAAUAUAACCAGGCAGAAGUGAAGAUAAAGCUUCCAGUGAGGUAAGUAUUUAAUAUGCGUUUUAUUUCAGGUAAAACGCUGCUAUUAAAUCCUUGACCGUCACUGGAAGCUUUAUUAUUGAGACCUGUUUGUUAUCGCCUGGUGACGCCACUGAUGUGCUAACGCCAAUGUGAUCGGAAAAACUUUUUAGUAUUUAAAACACAGGUUAUAAUUAAAUAUAUUUAUUAUUAAACAUAGAAAGGUACAUAUGAGUAUUUAUUAUUUGGUGAUCUAAUAACAGAACAAAAGUACCUAUAACAAAAAAAUAAUAAAUAAAGUUUGUAUUGAUUAUUAAUUAAUUAACUGGAUUAAACAAUUCAGAAACAUUUAGAUUUGAAUCACCACUUCUUAUCACUUCUCUUCUGUAGAAAUUCUGGAAUGUUUUAGCAGAUUGCCAGUUUCCUCGAGAUAGGAUUUCGUCCAGGGGAUGAUUUUCUAGCCAGCUUUUAGAGGCUACUGCAGAACGUGUACUCCCGGGAGUUGCUAUGAUACCAGCUUCUUUGAAAAGGGUUUUAACCCAGCCUGCGAUGACAGUACGUGAAGCAGGUUUUGGUGCACCUCUGACUGUAAUAAACAAAUUAAAUGAUUUUGAAGC